GUGCGGCGCAGCGGCGGGCGCGGGUCUGGCGGCAGCCGGUGUCAAGGGUUGUUUUUCCAGUAAUUUGGACCUUUUUGAAGCACCUGCUUGCCUAAUGCCAUGAAUAUUGCAGUGAACAAUGAGGAAGAAAAAGCUGUCCAUUCCUGGUCAAGAAUUUCCUCUGCAGGACAGAAAGUGCUGGAGGAAGCCCUCCGAGUCUUCAACCCGAUGUCCAAGGACCUUUCAGACACAGAGACCCAGCUGGUGGCCUUCAUCCAAGGCCUAAAGGAGGAGGGCUACCAGCCCACAAUUCUGAGGAGUAAGGAUGUGUACGGGUAUAGCUCGUGCACAGCUGUCACACCGAGUCAGACAGAAGGAAACACACAGUGCAACUGUGCCAGCACCACUGAGCCCGCUCAGAGUCCAGCCAGGAACUCAGUGGCAAAAGUGGCCCCUUUGCCCACCAGCAUUCCAGUGAGCUCUUUGAAAGUCUCCAGUCAACCAGUGUCCAAAGGGGAUUCCACAAAUCUCCUCUUGAGCUCCUUGAAGCAGACAGGAUCUGGCACAUCCAAGGCAGCGGCAGUGGGCUUUCCUACAAGCAUGUAUCCUGACGUGUAUCCAGCUAUGAGACUGUCAGUGGUCCUGGAAGCCCUGGUGCCACUGAAAACCGCAACAUCCUGUUUGGAGUCCAAGUACACACAAGGGCAUCUUGGGAUCUCUCCCUCAGACCUUAAACUCCUUAAGACUUCAAGUCCACCAAGGCAGUUUUCUUCAGGCAAGAGCACUAAAAUAACCGAAGGCAAGGGGUACAAGCGUUUGGUUAAGAAAGCACCAGAUUCUGCCACGUGCGCUUUAAACCUUCUGAAGGGACCAAAGGGUGGAGUGCUGCAGGAGAGCAAUGCCUGCAAAGCCUCUGGAGUUCUCAACGGGAGAGUCACAGGCAGCUCAUCCCAGGACUGCACCACAGCACCACAGCCCAAGACCUUGAAAAUCAAAGAUAAGGAAGCUCUGGUGGGAAAAACAUGGAAGGACCGCAGCACUUACCAGGAGAGCACUGGGCAGAAGAAGAGAACAGCUACAGAGGCAAAAGAAGCACCACAGAGGAAAAAAGCAAAUACCAUUCCUGUCCGAAAGAAAAGUCGACAGGCUCAGAGCACUUUGAACCUGCUGAAAUUCCGGACCAUCAAGGUGGGCAACUCUUCCUCCGAUGAUGAAGUGAGGAGGAGAGCACAGAAGAUUCUUAGGGUCAACCUCUCCCCUGUGAUCCAAAUUCAGCCCUUGUCCCAUUCUCAUAGUGUCCCCUGACUUUCUUCACUUUGUCACGUUUUUUUGUAAGUAAGUAAAUGUAAGCCUGGCACCAGAGCACAGAGAGAUUUAGGAGUGACUCUGUGUCUCUGGUGCCAAUAUGCCAACUAACCUGCAGACACAGCCGCCCACUCUUGUGCUGUUCCUGCCUGUCUGCCACUGCUGUGCAGAACUGGCUGCAGAAAUCCAGAACCCUGUUUGGGAAUGUGGGACCGUCACUCCAGCCAGCAUCAAGCUAAGCAGGCCGGAGAGCUCACUUCCCACCACGCUCCCCUGAACGUGGCAGGCUGUGCUCUUGUGCAGGGGAGGACACAGGACUUUCUCAUUACAUUGAUGCACUGUGAUAUUGCUCUUUUUCAAGCUGUACAUUUACUGGUUUUAUUUUGAUCAAAUUUUAUAACUUUAUUAUGUCUAUAUCUAUAUAUCCAUAUAUGUGCAUAUGGCCCAGGAACUGUGGGAAGAUGCACUUCCUCCAUCCCUUUGGGAUUGGGUUUGAUAGCUUUUGUUCCUCCUUCCCUUCAGCUAGUCUUUUGUUGAAAGUUGCCAGGAUUCCUUUGUGGUUCAGUGUUGUGACAGUCUGUCCUGGGCUCCCUUGAGCAGCUCAGAGGCAGCAGUGUUGUAGCCACUUGUUUGUCUCCGGAAUGCCAAACAAUUUGGAGAAUUACCAGCUGGUAGUUUUAAUCCUGUUUUCGGUAUUACCUCUGCAUAACAGUGGGGGAGUGUCACAGGGCUGCAAGUCUGUCUGACAUCUUUAGGGGCCUCCUCCCUUUGUGGGUAGCAGAAGUUUUGAACUCAUGGUAGGGAUUUGCCUCCAAAGAGGAUUCCUCCUCAGCACCUAGCAUUACUCUGCUCUCCUAUACCCCAGGUGCAGCUAUGGAUCAUGAACUGUGACUGUUAGAGCCAAAGGGCUGGAAUUGUUAGCAGGAACUGUGUAGUGUCCUGCCCACCAUGUAACUGCUUUGCUGUUGCUGAGUGUUCCAGGAGCAGAUUCCAGGUGCUGGUAGAGAAGACUAUUGGUUUUGGCUUGAGUUAAACCACAACAGAGACACAGGCUGUGUUUGAAUGUAUUUGCUACAUCCUGCCAGUCCCAGACCUCAGUGGGACACCUGAGCUUGAGUUAAAGUAGAAAAGUGAAAAAUUUGGGAGGACAUAAACAGAGAGUCACUUUCUAUGGUUUGUGGAGAUGAAGCAGUAGGAGGGAAGAUGGGCACUAUAUUGUGGUGGGUUGCAGCCUUGCUGCGCUAUCAGGGAUGUGUGAGAAGGUGUGUGGCAGGUGUGAGAGCUCUGUGUGGAAGGAGUGCAGGCUCUGCCGUCCCCAGGAGGCACUGCAGAACUGCUGCAGAUAGUUGCUGUCACCUCCCUGCACCAUGGGCAUGCUGUGGGAUGGGAACACAGCUCUGUGCUCUCUGUGCUCCACAGAGAGGGAUCUACUAAACCCAAGAGAAACACCUUGUAGGAGCAGUUAGUGCUGCUGCUGUCACCUGGAAGGGACAACCUGGUGUCCUGGGGAAAGGAAGAGGCAUUGUGCUGGGUACGGGCCUGGCUCCGUAUACUGCUGUAUGCUCAGAUCUCUGCAGCAGUAGUGUAAUCCACUCAUUCUCUCACCAGCUCAAAAUGCCAGUUGUCUGACCUAGUAAUCUCUGUGGACUUUGGCUGAAGGGAUGGGCUCCCCAGCUGGGAGUCCCAGAUCCUUACAUUUAAGCCCCACCCCCCAAGUACCUGGUUGGAUUUCAGUGGUUUAUGAAAGGGGUCAAUGUCUGAUCCCCAGGGCAGAAUGUGGUAUGGAGAGAAGAGAGGAGAUUCAUGACAGGGUGAGAGGGCAGGGAAGUUGAGCAUUCUGAGGUGCAUCUGGGUUCUCUUCUCACUCACAUAGGGCAGGGUGGAGGUUCUCUUUCACUGAGUAACCUAGUUUAGUGGAAAGUGUCCCUGCCCAUGGCAGGUUGGUUGGAACGAGGUGAUUGUUAAGGUCCCUUCCAAUCCAACCCCUUCUGUGAUUUUAUGAUUCAGGGGAUGAUUGCAAGCUCUGAGCCCCACACUUGGGUUCUGAGUUGCUGUCAGAGGUCAUAACUUGCAGCGUUUAAGACUGACCUGUGAAUGCUGCUGCUUGGCUGCCAAGGAGGAAGAAAUAUUUUCUUCUGCUUCUGUGUUUUAAAAUGCCCUGGCAGAGAGUUCCCUGUCCUGACCUGAUGCUGGAUGAACUGGGACUCUCCAUCACUGUCAACUGGCCAAAAAUUGCUUUGUUCCUUUUGUUCCCACUCCUUCAGACCUUUCUCAUUCCCACGCUCUCGAAUGCCAGGUCUUGAAGUCCUGCACUGGUGUUUCUCUUUUGGGCUGUUUCCCGAUGAGGGCUCUGAACUCCUGCCUGUGGUAUUGCUGUCAGGCUGCUCAGCAGCUUCCCCUGUUCCCAAACCCUUAUAAGGGCACUGAGAGCUGUCUUUGGAGCCUCCUAACGCAGCACAGACAUCCCAGCUGAGCACUUGGCCUCCGCUGGGAAAAGCAACGUGCAUCGACAAGGCUGAAUCCAGGUCAAGGUCGCAUUUCCACCAGCCUGAGCGGGAAGCUGAGCACCUGAGGCCAACUUACCAGGCCACAUCCUCAUUGCUGUGUGUCAUCCCCCAGCUGCACUGCUGUCUGCCUCCCCACUCUUUUCCAUCACCUCUUUUCUUUUACAGCUUGGGUCUCUGCCAGUCAAGGACUUGACUUGCACUGUUGCUUAACACAUCCAGCACAGCAUCCAGCCUUAGUGCUGCCAUGCAUUUCCCAGCACUGAGCUAAGUUCUGUGCAUGCUUGGUGAUGACAGCUUGCCCUGUGUCCUUUGGAAAUGCCUCUGUGUCACUGAGACUCCAACCAGGAAAGUGAGCAUAGCUGUAUGCUCAGGGACUUGCUCAUCACCAGUCCCAUCUCUGUUGGUUCUCCUGUGCAUCUCUAACAGACCACAGGGCCCUGAGCAACAGGGCAGUGCUGGACCUCCAUUCUCUGCCCUCCAGUUGUCUCUUCUUCCUCUUGCAGAUGCUGUGGGAGCUUGACUGAAAGGGUUGCAGGUAACAACAGAGGGGCUUUACAGCCUCUGUGCCAAUGCCAGCAACUGCUGCCCAUCAGCCAAUACUGGCAGAGGGGGUACCUCAGUCUGGCACAGGUUGGCUCCACUGUCCUUUGACUCAUGCCCAGGUGUGGCUGCUCCUGGUGUCCUGGACAUGUAACACUGAUGUGCACGAGGCUGCAGAGGGGCUCUGUGUGGAUGCUGCUCUCUGCUGUUAGGGAAGGUGAAUGAUUUGAUCAAACCAGAGCUACCUAAAACCUGAUCUAACCAAAGGUCUCCCCUAUAUGUCCCUUCCAUCCUGUGUUAUUCACUGGCAUCUGAGUAACACUUCCAGGGAUCUGUGCAACGGUAACUGGCAGGGCCCAUAGAAAUACAUUGCCCAGAGCACUGUGGUCUCUGCUGAGCAUGUGGUAUGCACCUUGUUCAGACCUGUUUCUGUAUUAGUCACUUUGAAUUCAUCCAAGUGCCUAACCUGGCCUGUGUUGUUCUGGGCACUGUGACAGCUGAGAGCUUUGGAGUCUCUCCUAGGAAUGCUUUUAAUGCAUGGAUUCGUGCCACUGUCAUUUCUAGAAACAAUUCAGCUAGUGGUCAAAGGGCUGUUCUUCCAACUGAUUUUUUGGAAAUAAUUUCUCCUUUUAUUCAGCUGCCAAGAAGCAGUUUAUGCUUCCCCUCCACCAGACAAGGUUCUUGAGCUUCCUGCAUGCUUCAGAUGUCCGUCAGCAAGGUCCAUGGGGAGAGUAGUUUGUCCAGCAGGCAGCUGAAGGGGAAGCUGACAUAAGAUACCAGUUGAAAUCACAAUGUUAAUUGGUAGAAAUGUUCUGAAGCUCAUGUCCACUGUGAUCACAUUUCACCAUCUGCCACUGCUUAUGGCUGUAGAAGUUUCUCCUCAGCCUCUUCCCUGCAAGCCAUGUAGUGUGUUGCUGCUGCUGCUUCUAAACUAUUUGCAUCCCUCCUGAGCCAGCUGCUGUAGCAAUCCUUGUACAGAAUUUCUUAAGCACUUUUUUGCAAAAUAAGAAGGAUUAUUUUGUUACUCCUGCUUGGCAGCCCACAAGUGGUAUUUCAUUGUGUGGAGGAGAUGUGCUCCCUGGAGUGCUCACCUCACGGGACAGCUCUCAGACCAGUUCAUACUAACAGGGCUGGGGUUCCCCCCAUUGCCUGGUGCUACCUUGCAUGGAGUUCAGCCAGUUGCCCACUGAGAACAUGGCAGGGGAAUCUGAAGCAGGACAGCACAGAUUGGUGAUGGCUGCUCAUGUGGCUCCGUGGUCCUGCUCCCCACCUGCCCGUGUUUUGCAGCCUGUCCUCCAGGUCCUCCUGGUGCACCAGGAGCACUUCACCCCAGCUCCAGCUGUGGCAAGAGGGGCUGGGAGACUCUGGGUUUUGGAAUUGAGCACAGAGUUUGUGCCCUUUUAAUUGUAGCUGUGUUCAUGGCCAGAACUUGCCAGCAUGUUCAGCCAUCCCAGCAGUUCUUCCCCUUUGGAUCCAAGUUCCCUGCCCUGUCUAGGAGCCAGGCCUUUGGCCAUGGCUCAAGGGAUCCCUGGGUAGGGAGAGCAGGUUUGUCUUUCAGCUCCAGCUGGGCAGUGUGACUUGAGCUGGGCAGCUUCCCAGGCAAGAGGGCAGGUUUCGGUGGGAGAAUCCUUUUUUUGGCCACAGUUGACAGGGUCGGUGCCGAGCUGUGGAGCACCAGCUGCUCAGCCAGGAUGGUUGGUUUGUGUGGAAGUGACAGUUUCUUUUUCACCCUUCAAAAUGGGCACUGGCCUCUUUGCUCCUGUGCUCAGAUGGGGAUGGCCUUCCAGAAGCUGAGAUGGCCCAUGGAGAGGACAGCCGUUUUGGGGUAUCUGGCACCUUCCUGAUGAUGCGCAGCCCUCAGCUUUGCCACCUGGGUGGGCUGGUACAAUCUGUGGUGGACACAGCAGGGCAGGAUGCUCCUGAGCCAUCACAUUUGAGACUCCACUAGAGAGCACCAUGCUAGGGUUUCCCUCUCCUUGCAGCCUGUUUUGCCUGGAGCUGGGUGUUAUUAGGAGGGUACCAGGUGCCUCAGAGGAAUCUUGUUGCAGAAGACAUGAGAGGCCAGGAUGACCUUUGUCACCAGGUCAUCCCUGAGUGUGGAAUGAAGCAUGUCUGUAGGUCUGACACUGCUGGAUCUUGCAGGUUGGCCAGCAGCUGUUUGUUCCAAAGCCAUGGUGCUGAGGCCAGACCCCUCCCUUUGCUUAGGAACACCAAGGAAGUCUGGUGAAAAAGUGAGAAGCUGAGAGUAGGGAAAGCUAAAGAUGCUAGCAGCACCUGGACAGCCAGCAGCCUGCAGCUUCUGUGUUUGCUGCAGGAGAUGUGCAAACAGAGGAGCAGAGGCUCUGGCAUUCCGCAGCACUGUCUUCCCUCCAUCCCUGCCUGGCCACAGAGAUUCCUCUGCCCUGCCUGGCAGCAGCACACAGGCACUGGUGGUGCAGGUGAGUUGGAGUCUUUUUGGAGCAGGCACCCCCCCAACCCUUCAUUUCCAUCCUUCAUCAGUCUCACAAUCUGGCACUGCUCACAUGGCCUCCAAAAUACCUUCCCCAGGGAGUCCCUUAAAGGCCUUAUUACCCUCUGGGGCUCUCUCCUUAUUGUCUUAAUUAGCCCUUUCUGUUCCUGUGUUCCUGUGGCUACAGGCAGCCCCUGUGAGUGUCUGGUGAUUCCCACAGACACAGUCAGGCACAUGCUGCUGUUUUAAAAGAGGUGCUGCAAAGCUACCCCCAGAAAUACCUCCCCUCCUGCCCCUGCUCUGCUGCACUGCCCAGGCCUAGGUUGGGACAAAAUAAGUAUGGGUGGGUGUUUAUGGUGGGGAAGGCACCAUAUGAUGCCCUCCCUCCUCCUGGGUCCUGGUGCAGCACUUCUGAGGAGUAGCAUUUCCUGAGCAGAGGCAUGGCAGCUGCUCUGAGUGACACAGGGGCUCUGGGUGGGCACUGCCCGGCUGCUUGUGCUACUCUCUGCCAACCAGCAUCUCCGUGAGAGCCGUCUCCGCGCCACGGCAUGACCAACCUGCUCCGGCUGAGACCAGAGCCACCGGCUCCGCUGUGGCAUUCCCUGGUGUUUGGGCAUCCCAAGCAACUUCUGGGGAGCAGCAACUGCAAUUCGUAGGAGGGCGAGUAACAAACUUUGUAUGAUGAUUUUACAAAUGACCAUCUUGUUCUUGAGUGAACUUUUUACCAUUUCAUUUGUUUGUGUAGAAUGUUUCUGAAGUUCUAAUAAUAUUUAAUGUUAAUAUGAAGCUGGGCUGUUCCACACUUCAUGUUGUAUAUUUUGGAAUGGCAUUGUUUAGUGAAAAGACAGCGUUAGUAUUCCACUCUUUGGAAGGGAAUGGGACAAAAAACAGACUGUCUUUUUUCUUAAAUGAAGUGAACUUUUUGUUAUGAAGUCCUAGCAGGUGUCCAGCCCUUCAGUAAAAUGGUGCUCAGAACCA